GCGGGACAGCGGCCGGUCUGACACCACCGCGACACCGGGAGCCGCGGGGCCGCAGCGGGAGAGGCCGCCCCCGGGACGGCUCAGCGCCGCCAUCCGGUGCCCGCCGUGUCUCGCCAUCCCCGCACCCCGAGCCCCGCCCCGCCCCGCACACCGCCCUCACGGCCCCGGGGGCCGCCCGUUGCCAGGAGCCGCCCGCAGCCGUGACCGCAGCAUCGCGCUCUGCGGGACCCCCCGGCCCCGCCCGGCCCCGCCGCACCAUGCGCGGCCUCGGCGCGGUGCUGUCCCGCCGCUGGGACUCAGCCCAGCCCCGCACCGACACCGACACAGACACCGGGCACCGACAGCGCGCCGCCGAAUCCCGGGGCUGGAUCCUGGACCCGUCCGGGGAGCGCUACUACUGGUGGCUGAGCGCCAUGGUGCCGCCCGUGCUGUACAACUGGGUCGUCAUCAUCUACAGGUGCUGCUUCUCGGGGGCGCAGGAGCGGCACGCAGCGCUGUGGAUGAGCCUGGACUGUGUCAGCGAUGCUCUGUACCUGCUGGACAUCGGCGUGCGUCUCAACACCGGGUUCCUUGAGGACGGCAUCCUGCUGCUGGACCGGGGGCGCAUCCGGCGCCGCUACCUGCGCUCCAGCAGCUUCGCAUGGGACGUGGCCUCAUUGCUGCCCAUUGAGCUGCUGUGCCUGCGCCUGCGCUCAGCCCUGCGCUCCAACCGCUGCCUGCGCACCCCGCGGCUCCUCGAGGCCUUCGACCUCCGUGAGACGCGCACAGCUCACCCCUACGCCUUCCGCAUCGCCAAGCUGAUGCUCUACGUCUUCGUGGCCAUCCACUGGAACGCCUGCCUCUACUUCGCGCUGUCGGUGCGCCUGGGGCUGGGCUCUGACCCGUGGGUUCACCCCAAUGGGAGCCAGCCCGGCUUUGCGCGCCCGCUGCGGCAAUACCUGCACAGCUUCUACAUCUCCACCCUCAUCCUCACCACCGUGGGUGACACGCCGGAGCCUCACCGCGAGGAGGAGUUCCUCUUCAUGACAGCCGGUUUCCUGCUGGCCGUGAUGGGCUUCGCCACCAUCAUGGGCAGCAUGAGCUCCGUCAUCGCCAACAUGAGCGCAGCCGACGCCUCCUUCUACCCGGAGCACGGCCCGGUGCGGCGCUACCUGUGGGCUCACGGCGUGGCGGGGCGCUUGGUGCGGCGUGUGGCCGCGUGGCACGAGCACCUGCGUGCUCAGCGCAAGCUGGCGGAGGAGCACGUCGUACUGCGGCACCUGCCCGAGAAGCUGCGUGCCGAGGUGGCCGCCAGCGUGCACCUACCGGCACUGAGCAAAGUGGGGCUGUUCCAGAGCUGUGAGCGCGGGGUGCUGGAGGCGCUGGUGCUGCGUCUGCGCCCACAGGUCUUUGGGCCUGGGGAGUUCAUCUGCCGGCGCGGUGACGUGGGCCGUGAGAUGUAUUUCAUCCGCGAGGGGCGGCUGGAGGUGCUGGGGGCUGACGGUGUGACGCGGCUCGCCGUGCUGGGAGAGGGGCUCUACUUUGGAGAGAUCAGCCUCAUCAACAUCCCCGGGAACCGCUCAGGGAACCGGCGCACAGCCGACAUCCGUAGCAUCGGCUACGCAGACCUUUUCUGCCUGGCCAAGGAGGACCUGGCGGAGGUGCUGGCUGAAUUCCCCAGCGCCCGCGUGCUGCUGGAGGCCAAGGGCCGUGAGAUCCUGCUGCGUAUGGACAAGCUGGAUGUGCACGCCGAGGCGGCGGCAGCAGCAGCUCGGGAGGAGGCUGAGCGCCGAGCUCAGGUGCUGGAGGAGGCGCUGGAGACUCUGCAGACACGAAUGGCGAGGCUGCUGGCACAGCUGGAGUCCAGUGCCCUCAAACUGGCGCUGCGCAUCGGGCGCCUGGAGAGCAGGGGGCAACAGCGCGGCAAGUGGGGGCAGGGGAAGGGCAGGAAGAGGAGCCCCAGCAGGAUGCAGCGGGCUGCAGCGGGAGGGGAAACUGAGGGGCCACCCCCCAGGGCACAAGAUCCCACUAAGGCGCAGGGUCCCACUACUGUGCAGGGUCCCAGGGGGGUGCAGGGUCCCGCCACAGCACGAGGUGCCAUUGGCAGACCAGGUCCCACAAGGACACGUGGACCCACCAGGGCACAGGGUCCCAGCAGGGUGCAGGGUCCCCCUGGUGCACAGGGUCCCACGGGUGUACAGGGUCCCACGGGUGUACAGGGUCCCACGGGUGUACAGGGUCCCACCAGGGGUCGGGGUCCCGCAGGGUCUCGAGUCACACAGCCCAGAGGCCGCUGGCGUUGAGGGCCAUGGACCUGCCUGGCUGCCGGGUGUGCAUUAGCAGCGACAGUCGGUGCUUCGUGACAGUGGUUGCUGGGUAAUGAUGACAACAACCGCUGGGUGAUGGUGACAAUAGUUGCUAUGUAGCAAUAACAACAGUUGCUAAGCAGCAGCAGUGGUUGUGGGUGAAUGAGAAGCGUGGCAUCGUAACCGGGAUGGGAGAUGGAGGGAUGGGGGGGGAGGGGGCGGGGGGCUCCCAGCACAGCAGGAACAGGGACUGCACUGGUCAGAGUGGGGUGGGGAUGUGAUGGAGAUGGAGAUGGGGGCAAAGACAGAGACAGCAUUGGGAUGGUGAUAGGGAAAGAGACAGACUGAGAUGGGGAUGGGACAAGAAUGGAGCAGGACAGGAGGGGAAAGAAAUGGAAGGGUGGGAGGUGACAGGGAUGGGGAUGAGGGUACGAACUGUUGGAACAGGAACAAGGGUUUGGACAAUGAUAAGGAGGGAAUGGCAGGGGACAAGAAUGAGUAUGACAGAGACAGGGGUAGGGACAGCUCGGGGUGAAGAUAGGGUAGGAAUGGGAAGAAAUGGGAUAGGAAAGGGAAGGAAAGGGAAAAGAGGGGACAGAUCAGAAGGGAACAGGGAUGGGGAUGGAGAAGGGACAAGGAUGUUUGCUGGGUUCAGAACGAGGACAGAGAUAGUAAUGGAGAUAGGACAGGAAUGGGGGUGGGUAAAGGAAGGAAUGGAGAUGGGGUUGGAACAAGUGUGGGACAUGAAUGGGAAGGGGGAUGGCAACGGGGAUGGAGAUGGGAUCGGGCGGGAUGGGGGAGGCAGGAAUGGCGAUAGAGACGAGAAUGGGGAUAAGGGUGGGA